AUCGCUUUCCUGCUCGCUGUUUACCAGGACUUGCGCUGUCCCCCAGCUCAAGCCUUGCACACAGAAAAACCUUGAGCUGACAGCUGACAGCUUCGGCACAAGAAUUCAAAGCAACUUCGACGAUAAGUACUUGGUCUACAUACGCCACGAGCUACGCCUCUUACCUCUUAUCCUGUCACGGCCCUUGCUUGUCAACUACAGUACCAAUAUCCUUGCCGACCUCAAUAACCGUCGGCCGACCUUUCAAUCAUACAUCAUGGCAUCGAAGUUCAAUCUCGAGCAGGACGGUCUGGGACAGCAGGAGCGCCUGGCAUGCAGAAGGAUACAGGAAAUGUACUGGGCUCUUCAGUUAGAGCGUGACGCAGCAUGCGAGAUGCUCCUCGACAGCCAGAUCCGGAACCGGCCUGUCCCCAGGCCACGCGCAACCACAGUUGCUGAGCUGGCCACUACUAUCUACUAUGCACCCUACACUAUGUCAGUUGCUUUGCUCAUCGCGUGUGCCGAGAGAUCGCUUGGGUACCGGGUUCUCUUUUCAGACGCCUGGGUGUUCGAGACCAUGGCCGGCCCUACCUGGCUCAUGCUCAAGAUGGACACCACGAGUGGCACUUCCGUGCUCCUCGUCGGCUCGAAGGCUGUACUGAUCACCAACGCUUUAGUGAAUCCGAACGACCGCUAUCGCAACAGUAUGACACCGCGCAUGGUGCAAGAGGUCUGGAACAAACAGCGAGAGCUGCUGACAGAAUUGGGUAACCAUCUGAGAUUGCACCCAAGCACAAUCGCCUGGUUGCUGCGCCAGGUGCAGUAUCACGAUCCGACCCAACCGCCCAGCAAUACGCGUGCGCGGCGCCAAAUCACCGAUACGAUGGCGCAUGACAAUGGCACUGCAUCACCGACAUUCUACCAACUGAUCUUAGAUUGGGCAGUUGGUUUCGGACAGAUCAACAAGUACGCCAUGGAUCGUUUGCGGGAGAAAAGGGAGUUGUACCUCAUCGCCGCUGGACCCAUGGCUAUGGUUCUCGAAGAGGAGGUCAAAAGUACAGGUGAAUUUGACGCCCCCGUCAGUCCCCGUGGAAUACGUCUCCAGAACGAGAGAGCCCAGGAGCCACGCAAGAACCAUGCCAAGCCAGUGACAAUCGCGAUGAUGCAUGCCAGUACCCACGGUGAGUGGCCAGGUUGGUUCCGCCCCAAUGCCCAGAAGGCUCCCCCGUCCCAGCUGUUGAUCGACGAGAUCGGUCGCCUGGGUUGGACACCCAACAUUGAUGUGGCGACACUCCAGAUGGAGGAGCCAUCCGACGCUACUGCAUCCACUACCAACGGCAUCGCUACGAGAGCAACACGGAACAAUGCAGCGCCGCUGAUGCUCACUGAGCUCUACCCUGAGCUCUCUGAUGUCUUCGCAGUCUUCAAGUAUGUGGCCCGCCUCUUCGAGUUUGUCAGUAAGCUCGUUCUUCCAUGCUUGUUUCUACUCUCGAUCCUGGUAAUUUACCUUGUCCUGAAAGCGGCUGGUGUCACCGUUCAGGAUCUCAUCUUGAAACCCUUCUACAUCGCGUUGGAGUAUUGCCAGCAGAGUAUCAUUACCUGUGCUCAGCUUUUGAAGCAGAGUAUCAUUACCUGUGCUCAGUUCCUUGUGAUCUGUCUUCAAUGGAUCCUGAACCAUCUCGACGAUGACAGCAACAACGCAACCGCUAAUCGCAGCCAGGGUCCAGGCAGCGUCACUGGCAUGAAUGCGUGGUUCAUGUAGACACUUUCCGAAGUGUUUGCCAAUGGAGAGCCUUCGUACAACUAGUGAUCAUUCUAACGGCAUGACUGACAGGAUAUUUGCGGGUUCAUUGGAAG